UAUUAGAGACAUCAGCAGAGGCGAUCCACUCGUCAUUGGGAGAGUAACGAGCAAUGGUUCAAGGAAUGAUAAUUAUAAGCCUUCCAAAUUUUGAUAGUACUAGAGACAUCAGCAGAGGUGAUCCACUCGCCAUUGGGAGAGUAACGAGCAAUGGUGGCUUGAGAACCAUAAUCUCAUAGAUGGAGAUAUCAAGUGGUAUCGGAGUUGAGGAUGAGAACUAACCGGUUGGGAGAGGAUUGACAUUUAAAGAGAAAAUUGAGAUUUUUAAAGGAAAUGAAGAUUUGAUUGAGAAUGAAAAUGGCAUUUUUAGAGGAAUCAAUUGCUAACCAUGGUUUUAGAGAUGAUUUACAUUUGUAGAGAAAAUGGAAAUUUGAUCAAUGGAGUUGUGUUGUGUAAGAGGAGAAAGGUGAAUAGGCGAUGAGUAAAGAUGAGUGACUGUGUGUGUAACAGUGUAACAGGAAAAUCUGUUAAUUGAUGGACAAAAAAAUUGUUAAAGGCAUUUUGCUUUUAUAUUAAUUUAUUCAUUUAGUCAAGAGAUAAAUAUGAUAACGAGGGAUAAACACAUUAAUAGUAAUAAAAACUCAAAAUGAAACUAUUUAUUAUGAUAAACUCAAAGAUUUGAGCUUAACAGUGGCAGCAAGCUUUUUGGGAUGAUCCAAUCUCACAGCUUGUAGAGCAUCUUCUCUUAUCAAAUUCUUCAAGUUCAUAUUCUGUGCUUUUGUCUAUAUUUCCUGGGAACCAAACAGAAAAAUGAAUAAUUAAAAAAAUUGCAUUGUCUAUUAUAUAAUCUAGAUGACUAUAUGACAAACAGAAUCAACAUCAUCUGACAUGUUUGUUUGUGGACCAAUCUAACAACUUCAUCAUAAUUCUACAACAAUGAUAAUUGACCAAAUUAUUACGUCGGUUCAUAUAAGAUUUUCAUUUUAGUAAAUCUUUGAGCUGUACAAGAAAAUGGAGUUGCACAUUAGUUAAUGAGAGAAGAAGAGAAUGAAUAGAGAAGGAAAAGUAGUAUGUGUAACAGGAGGGUCAGGUUACAUAGCAUCAUGGCUGGUCAAGUUCUUGCUCCAUCAUGGAUAUACAGUGAAAGCCACUGUUCUUGAUCUAAAUGAUCCAAAGCAAACUGAACACCUAUUUGCACUUGAUGGAGCUAAAGAGAGACUCUUCUUGUUCAAAGCAAAUUUACUGGAAGAUGGAUCUUUUGAUUCUGCCAUUGAUGGAUGUGAAGGUGUAUUUCACACAGCUUGUCCACUCUUUUGUACAAAUGAUCCACAGGCAGAACUGAUUGAUCCUGCAGUGAAGGGAACUCUAAACGUUCUCAGAUCAUGUACAAAAGUCCCUUCUCUCAAGAGAGUGAUCAUAACAUCUUCAAUGGCAUCAGUUAUGUUCGACGGAAAGCCUCUGAUACCUGAUGUGGUAAUUGAUGAGAUUUGGUUUUCAGAUCCUACCUAUUGUGAGUCAAUAAAGCAUUGGUAUCUGUAUGCAAAAACCAUGGCUGAGAAGGCUGCCUCGAAAUUUGCAGAAGAAAGUGGAAUUGACAUUGUCACAAUACAUCCAGGAUUUGUAAUUGGUCCUUUCUUACAGCCAACUCUAAAUGUCACUGUGGAGGUUAUUCUAAACUACAUAAAUGGAGAAACAUUUCCUAAUGAAAUUUACAGAUUUGUAGAUGUUAGAGAUGUUGCAUCUGCACAUAUUCAAGCUUUUGAACAAGCUUCUGCUAAUGGCAGAUAUUGUUUAGUCGGAAGAGUUGUACAUUUCUCCGAGUUCUUAAAGAUCGUUCAUGAACAAUACCCUGCUCUGCAACUUCCUGAAAAAUGUGAAGAUGAGAAGCCUUUUGCAUUAAAAUAUGAGGUUUCAAAGGAGAAAGCUAAGAGUUUAGGCAUCAACUUCAUUCCCUUGGAGAUGAUCUGAAGAAAACUGCACACUUGCUUGCACUUGAGGGAGCCAAGGAAAGGCUUCACUUGCUCAAAGCUGAUUUAUUGGAAGAAGGAUCUUUUGAUGCUGCAGUUGAUGGUUGUGAAGCUGUUUUCCACACAGC